UAACUGUGAAGAACUUGAAGCCUUCAUCUGUGUUCAAUUUAGGUAGUAUGACUGUAUGACAUGUUGCUCUCCUUCUCAAGCAAUCUAUACUGUGCCCGGAACUGUGUUGGUGGAUGACUGAUGAGGAACCUUCCAAAUUCCAAUACUGAACACUCGCUGUCUGUGAUAUAGGUACUACUACCACUGGACAAGAGCAGAAGACAUAUCCCACCUACUACUACUACUACUACUAAUAUCUAGAGUGCCAGGCUAUAUGAUACGUGGACCCCAUCAAAAUUAUUUGAAUAAUAUACACUCGGUCCUAGCUAUUAGCACAAUUACUACUACUAUUUCUAUGAAUAGACUGGUCUGCAUUUCAUCCAUGUGCAGCAAGCAUAUCUUCAUAAAAACCAAUGUCCUGUGAGGUCACCUUUUUUCAUUUUUUAUUAUUGUAUCCUUAUCACACCCUUAGAAGUCAGAGCUGCUGCUAUUAGUUCCAUAACAGGAGUUAUGCAGAAGAAUGGUUAAUUUAUUACUUUCUGAUAAUAUAAAGAGGGGUAACAGAUGGUUAAGGAAAUGGAAGUGUGCAGUGCAAAAUGGGAAGUGACAAAAAGUUUAGCAUUGAUGGAGUGUUUAUCUGUUUCUGAUUCUCCCUCACUUUCAUCUCUCCCUGUAAAUAAGGCUUUAGAGAAUGGUUCUCUCCAAGAAAACAAUACAGAAAACAGUAAUAUCAAAAGAGAAACUGAAUCAGACACUGCUCAUAAUAAAAGCAUAGCCCAGCAGAUGGCUGGGAAUCUAAAAAAAACAUUGAAAAAUUCAGUUAUAGCUAAGAAAAAGAAUAACACUACUUGUGAAGUUUGUGGUCGACACUUCAGGGAUAAUCAUAACUUGAAUCGGCACUUUGAAACAAAGCAUAGUAAAUUCUUCACUUGCAAUGUUUGCUUUGCAGUUUAUAAUACUGAGAGAAAAUUAGAGCGCCAUUUAAAAAAACACACUUCUUCAAAUGUCUGUGGCAGUGGUAUAACUUGUUCUGAGUGUUCUAGAGUCUUUAGAGACAAGCAUAACUUGAGACUACACAACUGUUCAAAAAAUUACAAAAAGUCUGCAUGCCUAUACCCUGAGUGUGAUCAGCAGUUUUAUCAUGUUACAAGAAUGCUGAAGCAUGUUGAGGAAGAGCAUGAUAGUAAAAUUGAUUCCAUCUGCUUAACCUUUGAAUCAGAAGAUUUGUUCCAGCGCUGGAAAGAGGAAGAAGAACUGAAAACCUUUGCUUACUUUAGUAAGAGAUCGGGAACAGUUGAUUCAGAUUAUGGGAGCUACAGAUGUUAUGUAUGUCAGGCAAAUGGUGAGUGCAUAAAUGGGCCCCGAAAGACAGCAAAACGAUGGAAAAAGGGUCAUGUUCGAAUGGGUAAAUUAUGUCCUAGUAGAAUGUUGGUGAAGGAGGCAAAUGGGAGAAUAACUGUCAAUUAUAUUUCUUAUCAUUCACAUUCAAGAAGUGUGAAAAAUGAUAAGCUUCCAGUACCAAAUUCAGUCAAAACAUAUGCAAAAAAUCUUUUGUUAAUGGGAGCAUCACCACAACAGGUACGCAAGAGUGUUUGUGAGGGACUGUAUGGAGGUAACAGUAUAAUUCCACAGGGAGGUUAUGUCAUAAGUAACCGGUACUUUUUUGAUUUAAAGAAGAGACUUGAUUUCCAGUCUGUUUCAUCAGUAGAUGGCAAUAAGGAAAAGUAUGAUCCAGUUUUUGUGUUUAAGCCACAAGGACAAGCUGUCUUUGUUGGAAAUGAAGAGUUGAAUAAACUGCCUCAUUCUGGUGAACUAUUUGCCAUUGGAUUACAGACUAAAGAGCAAAGCAUCAUGAUGAAACAGAGAGCUCACAAGAUUGUUUGUGUAACUUCAUCUCAAACUUAUGAUCUCUUUGGUUUUGAAAUUUUGAUGUUCAUUGUUCCUGAUGUCUUUGGAAAUGGUUAUCCAGUAGCAUAUUUCUUAACAAGCCAUUUUGAUGAGGUUACGUUGCAGCUCCUUUUCAUAUCCUUAAAAACUAGAUGUCCCAAUGUCAAAGUUAGGUCUGUUAUGACAGAUGAUAAUACAAAUAUUUUCAAUGCCAUGAACGUUGCCUUUGGGAAUAUCAAGCAUUACCUUUGUCACUCAUAUGUAGAAAAAUGUUGGAAGGAUGAGAUCUCCAAGAGAUGUAAAAUAUAUGAUAUCGGUUUCAAUGAAACCCUCUGUGCCCUCCUUCAUGAAGAGAAUAAAGCAAUUUUUAAAAUGAUGAGUAAUGAUUUUGUUGAAAAAUAUAGUCUUCAUCACUCAGAGUUUGUAAAGUACUUUGCAUCUAAUUUCCUUAUCCGUCCAGAAGUUUGGGCAAUGUGCUACAGGCACAAUUCAGAAAAUGUUCCUAAUCCAAUUCCAUAUACAAAUGUUUCUUUGCAUUGUGAAUAUGUUCAUAAUAAAUUAAAGAUGCUUAUUACUAAAGGGGGUACAGGCACUUCUCAAAGUGUUGUCGAAGUAGCUUUUUUGAUACUUGGCAUUCAAGAGGACUACUGCCUCCAUUACAAAAAGAAUUUGCAAACGGGUAAAAGAGUCUGCUCUGCCACAAAGGGAAAACACUGUAGUGGUUUGUCAAUUUUAGAUAGCAAUGUUUCUCAUUUCUCUGGGACAUGGUCAGUGAAAUCUCCUUACGAUAAUUUAGUUGUAUACACAGUGACUGAGUUAGCUUAUUCUUGCAUGAAGCAGAAGUGCUAUGAGCGGUGUUUGGAGACAUCUUGUGAAAACCUAUGUAGACAUUUAUAUGCGUGUUCAUGCGAUGACAGAGCUUACUUGUGUCAACAUAUACAUAAGGUGCAUUCCAUGAAACUGAAACAAAGUAAUUCUAUGUGUAUAUCAUCAACUCAUAUUAAGCCAGUAAAGAUUGAAUUUAUAGUUUCAGAAGUAUCUGAAACUGUGGAGAAAAAUAAUUGUAUAACAGUUAUAAAGAAAGAAACCGAAAGUUACUCAGGCAUAGAUGUGGAUUUCAUUAGUAUAAACAUUGAUGAAGAAAGUGAACGGGUAGAGAUACAAGAAAAGAUUAUUUUGUCGCAACAAGAUGGAAAUCUGGUGAAUGGAGUAACAAAACCAGAAAAAAGAACAGAAAAGCCUAUGCAUAGAAAAUGGAAAAACUGUUCCAGAAAGAAGCCGAUUGAAUAUAAUGAGAUUUGCAGUAAACCCUUCACCAUUGAGCAGAAAGAAAAUAAAGAUCAUAUGCAAAAGGAAUCUGAAACUAAAAUAAAUGCUUUGGCAGUGACCAAAUCGCAGAUUCCUCUCAUGCAAAUAGAAAGAGUGAAAGACACUGACAGUGAAAUUCCUUUCAUAAAGGUAAAAAGGUUACAUGAUAGUGGUCUUGAAAAAGAACACAUAAAUAUCAGUAAAGUCGACUUGAAAUCUGAGGAGGAAACUCACCAAGUUGAAACAAAACGGCCAAAAAGACCCCGAUGUGGAUCAAUUUUGGAGGCUGCUAUUGAGUAUAAAAAACGGAGAUUGGAAACGUCGGUAAAAAAGUGUGAUAUAAAAGCAGCGGAUCCCUCUGAGGACUCCACAUUGGUUACAUCCAAUUCAAAAAAUUUCAAGUGCAAGCAUUGUGAUGGAGUAUUUAGAGAUUCAUUCAAUAUGCAAAGGCAUGUUCAAAAUAAACAUUCAGAUUAUUUCCCUUAUCUUUGUUAUGUAUGCUCUUCCAUGUUCAAGACUAAAGUUAGAUUUGAAAACCAUGUAAAAAAGCAUGAAGAAGCAAAGACCACCAAGUCUGUGCAGUGUGGCACAUGUUUGCGAAUGUUCAGAGACCAAUAUAACAUGAAACAGCAUCGAUGCGAGUUAGUUAGGAAGCAGUCUUCCUGCAUCUACCCUGAAUGUGAGAGGCAGUUCUAUCAUAUCAAGCAAAUGGUUAAACAUCUUGAGGAAGACCAUGAAGAUAAAAUUGAUAGUAGUGACUUACACUUUGAGUCAAAGAAACUUUUUCUUGCUUGGAAGGAAGAAGAAGAAGCAAUGAGUCUGGCAGUAUUUACUAAAAGAAAUGGUAGUUUGGGCUCAGAUAAUGUAAGAUAUAGUUACUAUGUUUGUCAAGCUGCAGGUGAAAGUAUUUGUCAGAGAAAGUUGUCUCAAGAUAGAGUAGGGAACAGUGCUAGUAACACACACAGGAGGUGGAAAACUAGAGUAAGAACAGGUAAAGUCUGCCCAAGUAGAAUGCUUGUUAAGGAAAAAAAUGGAAAGAUUACAGUGAAAUACAUAUCUUACCACUCUCAUGAUGUUAAGAAAGACUAUAAAAUGUACCCACCUCUUCCAAAGUAUGUAAAGGAAUUGGGAAAACAAUUGCUAUUAAUGGGCGUUUCUCCCAAACGGGUUCGGGAAAGUAUUCAGGAUGGAGUACUUCUAAACAAUAGCAACUUCACUCAAAAGCGAUAUGCAGUAAAAAGUCGAUUUUUUUACGACAUGAAAAAGAGACUGGAAAAAAAGGGUCAUGUCUUUCAGAAUGAGGCGGAAAAGAGUGACCUUGCAGAUCUGCGAGAUCAUUGGAAACCUAAAGAUUUAACAGAACUCAUUAAUAAUGGGAAGUCUAAGGACUUUGAUCCCUUACUUAUAUAUAAGCCUCAGGGGUGUGUGUUGAAAGGGGUUGAAGAAUUGGAGUCUCUUCCUUAUUGGAAUAAGUUGUUUGCUUUAGGUUUUCAAAGCAAAGAUCAGACUGAAAUGAUGAGAGAUGGUUGUGGUAAAGUUUUGUGUGUCCGGACAUACUUUGACCUAUGUGCUGAUGGUUUUCAGCUGAUUAAUCUGGUAGUUCCUGACAAAUAUGGAAAUGGGUACCCAGUAGCCCAUUUCCUGUGUAAUUACAUUAAUGAAGCAACCUUAACAUUUCUUUUCAAGUCCCUCAAAAAACAGCACCCACAUCUUGAGGUGCAAGCUCUUAUUACAGAUGAUGACACUGCAGUUUUUAAUGCAGUUCAAACAGUGUUUGGCAGUGAGGUACAACAUUACCUUUGUCACUGGUAUGUUAAAAAUUGUUUACUUGAAAAAAUUGAACAAUGUGUUGAAAGUCAAGACCAUAAAGUAGACAUUCCGUUUCACCUUAUGAAUAUAUUGUAUGAGAGAGAUCUAAGAAGAUUUCAGAUACUCUGCAGGAAUUUCAGUGACAUAUACAGUAGCCGUUGUGUGGAUUUUAUGAAAUAUUUUGUAGAUAACUUUGUAGAAAAACCUGAAGUGUGGGCAAUGUGUUACCGGCAUAAUUUGGAUGGUAUUAUGUAUUCUGAACCAUUUUCAAAUGUAAAUCUGCAUUGUGAAUACUUACAUAAUCAUUUAAAAUCAUUGAAUUUGAGUGGGAAAUUUUCUCAGCGGGUAGCAGAAGUGACAAAAUUGUUAUUGAAAGUAGAAAGAGAAUAUAAUGUAAUUUAUAGGAAAAAAUCUCAUCUUACUGUGCCUGUACAUAGCAGUUCAAGUGGGAGACAUUAUAGUGGACUAGAAAUUGAAGAUGAGAAAGUAUUUAAUGUAGGUGACACAUGGACUGUUGUGUCACGCUUUGAUAAGUCGGCUAAGUAUACUGUCAUUGUUCUGGAGAAAAACUGUAAUAGAGUCAACUGUUAUGAAAAGUGCUCAGAAUUUCUUUGCAUAGAUUUAUGUAGUCAUCUUUACAUUUGUUCAUGUGAGGAUAGAGCUGAUUUGUGUGAGCACAUACAUAAAGUACAUUCAUUAAGACUGAGGCUUGAAAAGCCUUCAGAUGAAGCCCUAACAAGAGAAAAAUCUAACAGUGUUCAUGUUAUUGUCCAUGAAAGCACGGAAAAAGAUUUGUCUUUUGGAGAUAGGUUAAAAGUAGAACUGAGACCACUAGAAAAUUUAAAUAACUGUGAUGAUAAGGUUGCAUACCAUGAAAUUUAUGAACUUGAUAUGUAAUAUAUUGUACAUUGAUUCAUUGAAAUACACUAUGUUUCUUAAC